AUGUCUCUGAAGUGGCCUGACGUUAAAGCUGAGAGCGAUGCCUUCGCGGCGGAGGUCAAGGAGAUUGAGGCGUGGUGGGAGACCGACAGGCAAAAACAGAUCAAGAGACCAUACACGGCCAAUUCUAUCGCCGCUUUGAGGAAUGUUGGAUUUAAAAUCGACUAUCCGUCCAGUGUUCAGGGAAGGAAGCUUUGGCGCAUCCUGAAUGAGCACAACGACAAUGGCACAUACGAACUCACGUUCGGAACAACUGAGCCCCUGAUUGCCAAGGAGAUGGCAAAGACAAUGCAAACUGUCUAUGUCUCCGGCGCGCUUUGCGGGCUAUCACAAGCCACCUGGCCCGGUGAAGACCAUGCCGACUACCCCGCCGACCUCGUGCCAUCUGUUGUCAAGCGAAUCUUCAAUACCCAGCUCUUCCACGACCAGCGACAGACACAAUUAAGGAUGCGGUACAGCGAAGCCGACCGCGAGGCGCUCGAGUGCAUCGACUAUAUGCUGCCCAUUGUCGCAGACGCUGAUAUGGGGUUCGGCACUUUGACUGGAUGCAUGAAGCUGACAAGGAGCUUUGUCGAGGCCGGUGUCGCGAUGAUCCAUAUAGAUGAUCUGGCAAUGGGUCUCAAGAAGUUCACCAAUGGCGAAGGGCGGACUAUCGUGCCCACGUCAGACUACUUGUCCAGGCUGACCACCGUGAGAAUGACUUUCGAUAUCAUGGGUGCGGACACCAUGCUUCUCUGUCGCUGUGAUAGCGACCAUGCCGAGUUCAUCACGAGUGUGAUUGACCCCCGAGACCACCCUUAUGUGCUUGGCGCAACCAAGCCGGUUAGCUCCUUCAUCCAAGCAAUCGAGGAGGGUAAGGGAUCAGGAAAGGAUUAUCUUACCGUCAAGUCCGAGUGGAAGGCUUCUGCCGGCCUCAUGACCUUCGAUGAAGCUGUCAAAUCUGUGGCAACCAAAGAACAAUACGAGGCCUACAUGACAGAGGUCGUCGACAAGACCGUUGCAUUGCAGGACCGGCGAGCUGCGGCCAAGCGCAUCGUCGGUCAGGAUAUUGCCUUUGACUGGGAACUUCCCAGGACGCCCUUGGGCCAGUACAUGUGGCAAUGGUCCACCAAAGCUGUCAUCGACCGAUGCAUUCUCGCCGCACCUCUCGGUGAUGUGACGUGGAGUCGUCAAGACAAACCAAACAAGAAAGACAUGCACGAGUUCCACACAGCCCUCCGCGAGGCGUACCCGAACCGCCUCUUCGCCUUCGGGUACACGGGUGCGUAUGAUUUCAGCAAGGGAGGAUACUCACCGGAGGAGGUUGAGACGUUCCCGGCCGACAUUGCCAAGAUGGGCAUCGUGUGGCAGGUCCAGCCAAUCUGGGCGACCCAAGGGCUCAGUCUGCACGCCAAGCAGUUCGCGGAGAAGUUCAAGAAGGAAGGGAUUGCGGGAUACAUGCGGGACGUUGCCGCCCCCUCCAUUGCCGGCAUGGCGACGGAUAAGUACGGAAAGCCGACGUCGCGUGGGGGCUAUCUUGCUGAUGCCUUCUUCGAUGUCGUGGCCGGAGGGGAUAUUACUGAGAUUGCUUGA